AUGACAGUCAACAUCUUUACUUGGUGCCUAUUUUGGGAUAAAAAAAUGAAAGCUCUUCUUAUAUCUUUAUUGAUCCCUCUUAUACUUGGGUCAGACCAAAGUUGUUCAUUACAUCAAAAUCAAGACCAGCAAACUAGAUGCAAAAGACCUGACGGAUAUGAGUUAAUUGCACAGGCAAAUUCUGAGUUUGGUUUCAAACUAUACAAGGAAUUAACCGCAUUGGGACCAAGAUCUUGGGCUCAAAAUAUACUUUACUCACCAAUUAGUAUUUUUACCAUAUUUUCCCUUUUGUCACAGGGAGCUGCCUCUGGAUCUGCAACUUACCAGCAGAUUGUAGACGUACUGAGUCUAAAUAGAGCAGACAAUGAUCAACAAAUAAAUGAAGGGAUUCAAAGCAUUCUUGAAAAAAUAAGUAAAUCAACCAAUGUUACUAAAACCAGUAUUGGAAAUGCAAUAUUUCUUGGAGAAAGAAUAAGGCUGUUAGAUAGUUUCCAUGUCAUUAUGGAUAAGUAUUACAAAGCAGAUUUCGAACGAACAAUGUUCCAUGUGCCACAAAUUGCUGAAGAACAGAUCAAUAAGUAUGUACGUAAGAAUACCGAUGGCAAAAUAACUAACUUGGUCAGCAACCUUGAUCCGAACACAUUCAUGGUUUUGGUAAACUACAUAUUAUUCAAAGGAGAAUGGAAAGAUACUUUUAACAAAGAAGCAACACAUGAAGAGGAGUUCACACUAAUCAACCAUAGCAAGAUCAAAGUUCCCAUGAUGCACCGCCAAGGUCUGUACAAAACCUUCAGUGACAAAGAUUUAGAUUGCAAGGUCAUUGAAAUACCAUACAAGGAUAAAGUAUCAAUGAUAGUUGCAGUGCCUCGUCUCGACAUCCACAGAGUUGGACAAGCUUUGACAUUUACAUCUUUUGAAAAAUGGUUAGAUUCAUUGGCAAGCAGCUUUGUGGAAAUUUCGCUACCAAAGUUUUCCAUCAAUGAAAAACUCCCAGAUUUCCCAAAAAACCUUCAACACCUCGGGAUGAAUGAUGUUUUCAGUGAAAAAGCAGAUCUGACCAGGAUUUCUCCGUAUCCAAAGCUACAGGUGACCAAGGCCUUCCAUCAGGCUGUAUUGGAGGUGAAUGAAUCUGGGACAGAAGCAAGUGGAGCCACAGCUAUCGCUAUAGGUGAAACAUCAUCAUUAUUGCCUUUCUUUAAGGUUGACAGACCAUUUUUCGUCUUCAUCUAUGAUAAAAAGACCAAGAGUAUUCUCUUCAUGGGGAGAGUUACAGAACCAGCACCAGCUAACAGAAAACACCACAAGUCAGCUUGAAAAUAACAAUUAAUGGAGGCAUUCACUAAAGUACAGAAAGCAUUGAAUUUUUUUUAAAAAAAAAUGUACAUAAAUAUGUGAAUGUAUCCAAGAUGAA